AUGAUGUCGCUCUCAUUAUUGAAUCUGCCACCAACUACAGAAGCCUCCGAUAAGGCCAGCAGCAUGCAACACUCGAUGGAACGAUUUACCACGCUGCACCAGUGCAGCUUCAUGCCUUCCUCGUACGCCGAGACGGACUGUGCGCACUCGGACAGUGACUCUGACGACGGCCAGCAUCGUCCUGAAGCCAAGCGCAAGUCCGCCACCAAGAGCCCUCAGCACGUGUGGGCACGCACGGCACCGAUCAGUAUUCCAUCCAGCAGCCGCCAGCAGCUGCCUUCGCGCCUGUGCGAGAGCGUCAGUGAGAGCCCGAAUCUGUCUUAUCAUGCCGACGUGCGGCUCUUGCAGGCCAGUCGUUAUAUCGACGAAGCAAACUACGCCGAGCUGGACGAAGACGACCCGGUGUUUUAUGGCAAUUUGGCCUUUUUCCGCUCACAGCACGGCGUCCAGCCGACCCAACAGACGACUGUCAGUGCGCUCUCACUCAAGCUCGAGGCUGUUCCGGCUUCUCCGACGGGCGUGGACGUCCGCGAUGGCGCCAUCUUCGCUAUGGAACUGUAG